GUUAGCUUCGUUGUAAACAUGGACGAAUGAAGAUGAUGCGGAUAAAUUAUUGGGGAUAUUUUUUAAUAUUUUCAUAGUUUCCCAAGAGCUACUCUUACUUAGAAAGACUAAAGUGAAGAACUCUUGGAGACAGGAGGAAAACAUGACGACCCAGGGUUAUUCCGGGCCUAACUAUGAUAAAUGGGUUGAGAGGACUGAGACUUCAACACUACAUAAGAUGAAGGAGACAUUCUGGACCACAAAGCAGGCUGUCAUACAGAAGCUGGGCAAGAAAGAAGAUGAACAUGUGGUAGCUUCAGACUCGGAACUGGAUUCAAAAUUAGAGGUAUUCAGAGCUAUCCAGAAAUCUUCUAUGGGUUUAUUAAGAGUGUUAGAGAAGUAUCAGGACAGACUCUGUGUGUUGUCACAAGAGGAGAAUGCUACAGGGAGAUUUUUGAAAUCCCAGAGUAACCUGGACAAAACAAGAGCCGGAAAAAUGAUGGCUGCUGUAGGAAAAUCACAAAGUUUUGCUGCUCAGCAAAGGUUAUCACUAAGAGUGCCUCUUGUACGUCUCUACCAGGAAGUAGAAACGUUCCGAUACCGUGCCAUAUCUGAUACUCUGAUGACUAUAAAUAGAAUGGAGGCAGCCCGUACAGAGUAUAGAGGGGCUCUGCUUUGGAUGAAGAAUAUCUCUGAGGAACUCGAUCCUGACACGUACAAACAGCUGGAAAAGUUCCGAAAAGUGCAGGCACAGGUGAGAAAGACAAAGGCCAAGUUUGACAAACUGAAGUUAGACGUGAUGCAGAAGGUGGACUUAUUAGCUGCGUCUAGAUGUAACAUGUUCUCUCAUGUCCUCGCUAACUACCAAUCUACGCUACUACACUUCUGGGAGAAAACCUCGCGCACCAUGACAGCUGUGGCAGAGAGCUUUAAAGGAUACCAAUAUUAUGAAUUCAACAUUAUCAAAGAACUGGCUGAACCCAGUAAAAAGUUGUCAGAGGAAACAUCCAAAUCAGAACCAGCAGAAAGAGAUACAGCUGAUGAGGAAUUUGACCCCAGCAACUGUAAAAAGUGCACAAGUAGAAAGUCAAAUGAAGAGUGGCAGACACCUGUCUCAAGGUCAACAGACCAGGAUGACGAGAGCGAGGGAAUAUGUCCUGAGUGUGGACAUUUCUUUCAAGGAGAGGGAGACAACUAUCCUAUUACUGAUUUAGAACAGAAUGUUAAAACAGAGAGUAGUCUCCCUUCACAAAGACAGGAAUUGUAUUCAGAAUCAAGUGAAGAAAAUAGGUUGAUAGCAUUUGAUGAGGAAGAAGGAGAAACAGAAAGUGCUGAAAUCAGAAAUGACAGCUUACAGAAUCUAUAUGACAUGAGUACAGAAAAUCAGAACAAUUCCACUGACCUUGGAAACAAUGUCAAGGAUUCGGCUCCAUUUAUAGAGAUGGAGGAUGACUCGGGAGAGUUAAAAGAUGAAGAUUUUGAUUUCUCUGGAGCCUUUACAUCGAGUGAGAAACCAGCAGGGUCAAGGUCAGAGAAAGUGAUCUCUGACCUUUUGGCUGAUGACCUUCCUCUGGGUCAGGAUGACACAGACAAAGAUGACCUGACAAUUCUGAAUGAGAUCCUAAAUGCCCCCUCCACAGGUGGGGAUGACUUCUCAAAGGAGUGGCAGGCGGUGUUUGGAACCAUGCCCCUCUCUACCGGCACCACCUACACUCAGGGGGAGACAGAUCAGGCCGAGUUCAUGCCCUCUAAUCUUCUGGAUCUCAACAAACAGAUGUCAGGCAUGAGCUUAUCUCAGAGUACCCCAUCUGCUGGGGCCCAGACUUCAAGUAAGCCCCCCGUCACCAACAAGUCACAGCCACAGCAAACCAAAUCAAAAACCAGUAAACAGGGGAGGAAGGACAUGUCAGCUUGGUUCAGUCUGUUUGCUGAUCUCGAUCCUCUUUCCAAUCCUGAUGCAGUCGGCAAGACAUCAGAUGACAUGCAGAGUGCCCAGUUCUAGUCCUGUGCUAAUCUGGUUACAGUUUACUUGUCAUGACCACACCAUUUGGCUCAUCUCAUGAUUGUGAACUAUAUAUACUACUGCAUUUAUGCUUAUAAAUUCAACCUGACUCAUUCUGCCUGUAACUAAAUGGUCUCUAAACUGUUGGUUUUACCACAGCUCCUAUUUGUAAUAUUUAUUAUCAGGUAUUAUUCAUUGGGUUAGUGACAGGGUAUAAUAUUUGACUAUCUAAAUAAUCUUGUUCUACAAGUAUUUGUGCAGUGCAUUCAAAAAAAAAAAAGUCCUUGUUUGAGUGAUUUAUUCAUAAAAUGUAAGGGAAAUCAAUGCUUGUCUACUCAGUUACAUGUGUAUUAACAUACAUGUAUUUUUUUUUCUUUUUUCAAUAAGAAUCUAGUUAUCUCUUUAUAGAUAAACUUUAUACAAUGUUUUCUGUCGAUUGAUGUUUUCUGUGUGAGCUGAAUCUCAGAUUGUGAUAUGAUAUCCACUGAUUCCGCGUCCUCUCAGAUUGUAUCUGUACUGUUUUGUGUCUUUUGUUAUACUGAAAUUCCUUAUUGUUGUUAUGUUAUAGAUUUUGUAGAUUUUAUAUUAACAAGAUGUGCAUAUCUGAUAAGCAGUUUAUGACAAGAAUGCAGGUAUGUAUAAUAUGGUAUAUGUUUAAUGAUUAUUAUGCAAAACUAAUUUCAAUAUGAGAAACAUUGACUGUAAGAGUAUACCUGUAUUCAAUACAUGUAUUUGAUUUAGAAAUGGUUUUUAUAGAACUUAAUGUUUAGCAAGGGUUUUCCUAUAUAAGGAAUGCAAUUAGUUUUUAAAAUUUAUUGUAAAAGUGUUAAUUAGCAGUUCUAACUAUGUCAGAUUUUUGUUACUGAAUACUUGUACAAUAAUAUUGUACAUGUAACAGUUGUUACAAACUAAAAUCAUUGAUUAGGAGU